AUGCUGGAAACUCACAAUGUGUUCCACCUUCUCGCUGCGGUGCUGCAGGUUUUCACUGGGCUGUUGGCAAACGGCCUCAUUUUGGUCGUGAAUGGCAUUGACUUCAUCAGGCAGAGGAAAAUAGCCCCAUUUGAUCUGCUUCUUUCUUGCCUGGUGACUUCUAGAAUUAUUUUGCAGCUGUGCGUCUUUUCGGGCCUACUGGUUGCACUCUUCUUAGUGAACUCCUCUGUGUUUACUGAUAAUGCUAUAUUUAUCAUGUUUAUAAAUGAGUUGAAUCUUUGGUUUGCCACGUGGCUUGGUGUCUUCUACUGUACCAAGAUUGCCACCAUCCCUCACCCCCUCUUCUUGUGGCUGAAGAUGAAAAUAUUCAGGUUGGUGCCAUGGCUGAUCCUGGGGUCUGUGCUGUAUGCGACUGUCACUGCCAGCAUCUACAGUAAGAAUGUCUCGUCAGCUUACAUACAACCCUUUAUCAACAUUUUCUCCCAAAAUGUAACCCACCUCAAAGAAAUGUAUGCCCUACCAUCCUCCUUUUCGGCCUUCGGACUCAUGCUGCCCUUCCUCAUAUUUCUUGUUGCUGUUCUGCUCUUGAUUUUCUCCCUGUGGAAACACAGUCGGAAGAUGAGAACCAUCUCGACAGGCAGCAGGAAGCCCGGCAGGCAUGCCCACAUCAGUGCCAUGCUGUCCAUUCUAUCGUUCCUCACCCUCUACUUCUCCCACUGCAUGGUGGGCAUUUUGCUCUCUACUCAAGUCAUCCAGUUUGGAAGCACGAACUUUCUGCUCUGCAUCCUCAUGAUGGGUGUAUACCCCUCAAUACACUCUAUCAUCUUAAUUUUAGGAAAUCCUAAGCUGAGGCAAAGUGCUUGGAUCUUCCUGCAGUGUAAGUGCUGUCAGUUAGUGAGAGUGUGCAUCAAUACAAGGAACCCGUGA